AACCAGGAUUUCUUGAUUUACUUGGAAGACCUGAGGAACAGCACAGGUCAUUUCUUGCUCUCUGAGAGGGACUUCCACUGCCAUAGACACUUGGGUCCUCUGAGAAGUCUCCAGAAGGGCUUGUCCGUUGUAUACCUGUGAUGAGCAAGGCCUUGGGCUGGGCCUCAGCUUCACCCUGGUGAACAAAACUCCAUUCCAGCCCUCAAGGUGCUCACACACAGUAGGAAGAUGAGUGAACAACGGUGGGUCUCCCUCACUCCGGAAGAAUUUGACCAACUCCAGAAAUAUUCAGAAUAUUCCUCCAAGAAGAUCAAGGAUGUCUUGACUGAAUUUAAUGAGGGAGGGAGCCUCAAAAAGUAUGACACACAUGAGCCAGUUAGCUACGAUGUCUUCAAGCUGUUCAUGAGAGCAUACCUGGAGGUGGACCUUCCUCAGCCACUGAGCACGCACCUCUUCCUAGCCUUCAGCCAGAAGCCCAGACAGGAGACCCCUCACCACCCAAGGGAGGGGACCAGCCACAGUGAGGUCAAUGGCCCAGAUUCCAAUACACAGAAUGCAGACAAUGCUGCCAAAGCAGACGAGGCCUGUGCCCCUGAUACGGAAUCAAAGAUGACCGAGAAGCAAGUCCCAACGAAAGACCCAAUGGCCACGACCCCACUGGGAGUACCAGCUGCUCAGCCUCCAGGCUCACAAUCCCCCAUAGUGUACCUGAAGGAUGUCGUGUGUUAUCUGUCCCUGCUGGAGACCGGGAGGCCUCAGGAUAAGCUCGAAUUCAUGUUCCGUCUCUAUGAUUCGGACGAGAACGGUCUCCUGGACCAAGCGGAGAUGGAUCGCAUUGUCAACCAAAUGCUGCACAUUGCCCAGUACCUGGAAUGGGAUCCCACGGAGCUAAGACCUAUCUUGAAGGAGAUGUUGCAAGGGAUGGACUAUGACCAGGACGGCUUUGUGUCUCUAAAGGAAUGGGUCCACGGAGGAAUGACCACCAUCCCAUUGCUGGUCCUCCUGGGGAUGGAUGACUCUGGCUCCAAGGGGGACGGGAGACAUGCCUGGACCAUGAAGCAUUUCAAGAAACCUACCUACUGCAACUUCUGCCACGUCAUGCUGAUGGGCGUGCGGAAGCAAGGCCUGUGCUGCAUUUACUGUAAAUAUACUGUCCACGAACGCUGUGUAUCCAAAAACAUCCCUGGGUGUGUCAAAACGUUCUCAAAAACUAAAAGGAGCGGGGAGGUGAUGCAGCACGCGUGGGUGGAAGGGAACUCCUCCGUCAAGUGUGACCGGUGCCACAAAAGUAUCAAGUGCUACCAGAGUGUCACCGCGCGGCACUGCGUGUGGUGCCGGAUGACGUUUCACCGCAAAUGUGAGUUGUCCGCAUUGUGUGAUGGCGGGGAACUCAGAGACCAUAUUUUGCUGCCUACUGCCAUAUGCCCUGUCACCCGGGACAGGCAAGGCGGGAAGUCUGAUGGCAACACCUCAGCCAAAGGCGAAAUUGUAAUGCAGUAUAAGAUCAUCCCCACCCCAGGGACCCAUCCCCUGCUGGUCUUGGUGAACCCCAAGAGUGGAGGGAGACAAGGAGAAAGAAUUCUUCGGAAAUUCCAUUAUCUGCUCAACCCCAAACAAGUUUUCAACCUGGACAGUGGGGGGCCUACUCCAGGAUUGAACUUUUUCCGUGAUACCCCAGACUUCCGUGUCCUGGCCUGUGGAGGAGAUGGGACUGUGGGCUGGAUUUUGGAUUGCAUUGAUAAGGCUAACUUCGCAAAGCAUCCACCGGUGGCUGUCCUGCCUCUUGGAACAGGAAAUGACCUUGCCCGCUGUCUCCGCUGGGGAGGAGGAUACGAGGGGGGCAGCUUGACAAAAAUCCUGAAGGACAUCGAACAGAGCCCUUUGGUCAUGUUGGACCGCUGGCAUCUGGAAGUCAUCCCCAGAGAGGAGGUGGAGAAUGGGGACCAGAUCCCAUACAACAUCAUGAACAACUAUUUCUCCAUUGGCGUGGAUGCUUCAAUUGCACACAGAUUCCACCUGAUGAGAGAGAAACAUCCUGAAAAGUUCAACAGCAGGAUGAAGAACAAGCUGUGGUACUUUGAGUUCGGCACCUCGGAGACUUUUGCUGCCACCUGCAAGAAACUCCAUGACCACAUAGAGCUGGAGUGUGACGGGGUUGGAGUGGACUUAAGCAACAUCUUCCUUGAAGGCAUUGCCAUUCUCAACAUUCCCAGCAUGUACGGAGGCACCAACCUCUGGGGAGAAACUAAGAAGAACCGGGCUGUGAUCCGGGAAAGCAGGAAGGUCAUCACCGACCCCAAGGAACUGAAAUUCUGUGUCCAAGACCUCAGCGACCAGCUCCUUGAAGUGGUGGGGCUGGAGGGAGCCAUGGAGAUGGGGCAGAUCUAUACUGGCCUGAAGAGUGCAGGCAGGAGGCUGGCCCAGUGCUCCUCCGUCAUCAUCAGGACUAACAAGCUGCUGCCGAUGCAAGUGGAUGGAGAGCCCUGGAUGCAGCCACCUUGCAUGAUUAAAAUUACCCACAAGAACCAAGCGCCCAUGAUGAUGGGGCCGCCCCAGAAGAGCAGCUUCUUUUCACUGAGGAGGAAGAGCCGUUCAAAAGACUAGACAAUGUACCAAACGCCAGAGAAACCAAGAGAGAAAACCAGAAACUGUAACUACACACUCACACAUGUUUACACUCACACCCACACACACACACUCCUCUCUAGCCAGUGGGGCAGAGCCACCCUUCAGGAAGAAAACCUUCUCCUUGCCACACAUUCUCUCUCUCUCUCAAUAAUGGAUACACCCCUGACAGAGCCAAUGCCCAAAGAAGAUUCUGAAUGGACUUGGAGCCCACCAGGGUCUGGUUGGCUUAUACAGCAACUUCCACAUUCCCAGAAGGCCUUGAGUAGGACUUUCUGAGACUGAAGGAGAAAUCCCCCUUUCUUUCCACCGGCCAUGCAAAUUUUGUCGUGGACGCUCACAAGGAGCAGUUUCCUGCCCACAGUGAAAUCGGAUGUGGCCAAGGAAAGGCACGCCCAUUUUAGAGAACUUGCACAAAGGUCCCUCUGUAUAGAGAUAAAACGGCCUCCAACGCUCGGAGCAUAAUCCUUAGCGGCACCCAGCGAACACCCCAUUGCUUUCUCAGUUGUCUUUUGAGUGACAACUUCUCCCUCAACUUGCUGAGGAGGCAGAAAGGCUGUGGAAAGCUGUUUCCAUUCUUGGUUCUUUCGCUGUCCGUGGGCACUUGCUAUUUUCCUGAAGCCUCCCUCCUGGUGGUGGUGUGUUUGUUUAGACACGGCUCCAAGAGCUCCAGAGCGGCCUGCACAGCACACCUUAGAUGUGGGAUUUAUUUUCUUAGUUCUGUGAACACCUGGGAGGGGAAGCAGAGAAACUGGGAUUUAUUUUUCAAAUUGGUUCAUAAUAUUAUGUAAAAAGGAAAGGAAAAAAAAAAAAAAAACCACCCCCAGCUUCUUUCUUUUUCAAGCCAAAGUGUGUUUCCUGUUUGAGUUCCAAGCCCUGGUGGCAAACUAUUCCUGAAGGCAGAGAAGAUGGGCUCGAAGGGACUUUUACUGGGAAGACCAGGAGACAAAUGAUCCAGCAGUUCCCUUUUGCUUCUGGGCACCCACCACUCCCAGAGUAUGACCUGAAAGCCCUUCUGAUGGUUUUAUGUGUGUAUGUGUAUGUAUGUAGCAUAUAUAUUUAUAUAUAUAUACAUAUAAAUAUUUAUUUACAGAUGGACUUUAUCUGAUUGAAAAAAAAAAUGUAUCAGAACAGGAAAUGUGAAAGAAAAAGGAGGUUCUUACUUUUCCAUUCCAUUAUUUCAUUGUCAAGACCCACUUCCUGUUAGUGAUCAUAAGCCUUCAGGGAAAUGAAAGUAGCUCCUUAUCAUGAAGAGACUGAGAUCUCCUAAUUCUGGAUCCUCAGAACCACCAUAAAAGGACGUCGUAGGCAGGAGCCACUCUCCCAUUUGUCAGAUAAAGAAACUGAGUCUCAGAAAAGAGACCUGUCCAUGGUAUCUUGGCUAAUGUGGCUUGGAAAUAGGUGCCACUAAGAAGAUAUUUAAUAAAGAUAAGAACUCAGACAUCUUGGAAUGGGGUCAUAUCUGGUCGCUGAGAGGUGAUUCCAUUUGGAUCCAGGUUGCCAAGGAAGAAGAAAUGAGCAGCACCUGUGUGGACGGACAGGACAGGCCCACAUGAGAACACAAGGGCCUCUCCAUGCUUUCCUGAAGUUCUCUGCCUUGAACUGGCAAGAAGUUGGUCAGUGGUUGAAGGCACUAGACAGAACAUCACACUGAACUCUCCACAUGCCACCUUUAUCACAGUCAACAUAGUCUCUUAGUCUGAAAAACAUCCCUGGCUGCAGGAUGGCCUCAGUGGAGAGUCACAAGGAAGACGGAGACACCUGCAAAGUGCUGCUGGCCAGGACAGAGGGGUCUUGGCAGAGCUCAGUGGGUUCCAGCUGGCACCAGCAUUACCCUCCUUUCCCAAGGGCAAGUCUGCCCAGAGAGUUGUUGGUAGAAAGAAACAUUUACCUCAGCCCCUUUGUUUACUUGGGCCUCCAUACCCCUCAGAGAUUUCUCAAGAGGAAACCUGGGCCCACUUGAGGUCACUCUACUGAGCUGACUCUAACGCCUUGCAUUAGGUCGGGAACUUUCAACAAGGAAGGGAAAAUUAAGAUGUGUGUACAAAUUGAGACUAACUCUGAAGGAAGCAGUCAUCCUUCCAACAUCUAGGACCAUCCUGAUGGACCUACAGUGCAGAACACUGGGCGGGGGGAAAGUCAGGCCACAUGAAGAAUAUCUUUAAUGAUGGGAUCCUUGGCAAUGGGACCAACAAGCUCCAGAGUGACAUCAGGUACUGUCUUGGAAGCCACUUGAUUCUGAAACCGAGGCAGGUUUGGGCUUGGGGUUACUGAUUCUAUGACAUUUACAGAAGUUUUUGUGUGUGUUUCAGCCCUGAUCCCUCAAGAUUGAGGCUGUUGAGACAUGGCGCUAUCAACAAAUCUCAUGAAGGGGCUGGUGUAGAGUCUGGCCUUUACCCCACUCUACCCUAGUGCUCAGGACUUGCCAUGUUGCUUGAGGUACAUGUCCCAAGUCCCCCUUAGAGCCACAGAGUAUAACAAACUUCAGUAGAAUUGUGCAUCCUGUUUGUCAGUCAUCACAAUCUUGUGUUGUUGCUCAAUCUUUCCUUGCAAUCCUUUAAACCCUGUGACUGUGAUUUCUUAUGUGGAGAUUUCUAAUUGUAUCGUAUUGAUUCAGCAUCCUCUAAGGUAGGCAGAGAAGGUAUUGUUAUUGUUAUCUUAGUAAUGAGGAAAAUGAGGCUUCAUGAGGUUUAGUGACUCCUCAAAGGCGCACAGUUAGGCAAUCAAGAGAGAACCCAGCCCCUAACUCUUCUUCUUAUUCUGACUUGGAAAGUGCCACAGACAUGUUCUCACCUGCCGCCACACUCCUACCCACUAGCAAUAAAAAGAAUGAAACAGGAAUUCUUCAAUACGUUGUAUUAUCCCUGGACGAAUGGGCUAGAAGUUGCAUCUUGCUAUGGCGUGGUCUUUGUUGGGUAACCCCAGUGAGUUGAGACUAGAGAUAAUCCCAUUACCAAACCCAUUGCUGUCCAGUCAGUUCUGACUCAGUGCGACCUUACAGGACAGAGUAGAACUGCCUCAUAGGGUUUCCAAAGAGCGGCUGGUGGAUUCCAACUGCCACCCUUUUAGGUUAGCAGCCAAGCUCUUAACCACUACACCACCAGGGCUCCAAGAAUAGAGAUCAAGUAUGAUUACAUUUCAGUUCAGAGACCAGCUCUUCUCAAGAGAGUUCUUUCCACAGAUGGAAAAGAUGCAUUAAAAUUGCCAAAUACCUUAGGAAAUACUUGGCAGAAUCUGGAAGAGGCUCCAGACUGGUAUUACAUAACACACAUAUACAUUAUACAUAUGCACAUUAUAUAAGGUGACAUAGUACUUAAUGUGCUGUAUAUAUUAUGUAAAUUACAUAUUUGUGAGUAAUCAUGAUAAAUAUAGAGAGUCACUAAUCAGUCUUUUACACAUACUCAGUGACAGAUUAGGAAGUUACUUUGCCAAAGAGUCUUAAAACUUACUCUCUCCUGCUGCUUUGGCUCCAACUCCUGCCAAAAAUUAUUGCAUCAACUUUUCCUAUCUCUAGCCCCCUCUCUUCUUGGCUGAAACCCUCAGUUACCUCCCAUCCCAGCUAGGCUGUGCCUUCCAUGGAAUGCUACCACGAUUGGGAUCCACAAAAAUAGAAUCAUGGGGAUGGAAAGGAUCUAGGCUCCCAGAUUACCUGUAUUACAGGCUUGCACCUCAAUACUCCCAGGCAGGUGAGUGCCUAAUGCUAAUAUUAAAGGGAGUGAGAGAUAGAGGAAGGGAAAGAAUGAGAAACAGAGCGAGGAAGAGUCUACCAAUUCUCCAAGAAAGGGAAUUCCACAGUCUUCCUUGACCACCAGUUCCAGGGUCCAACAAAAAUUAGGAAGUUAUUUCAAACAUCUAAUCUAAGUCCCCACAGCACAAACUGUAAGUUCCUGAAAUGUGUUCUACCAAGCACUAAUAUCCAUGAAAAAAGGGUUCUGUGAUCAAGUACUAGAUCGCCUUCUAGGAGAUACAUACAGAAGCUUAACUCUGAUAACUAACUGCAAAGAAACAUUGUUCUUUUUAGUUGCCCUUGAGUCAGCGCCAACAGAUGGUAGCCUUAUGUGUAACAGAAUGAAACGUUGCCUGGUCCUGCGCCAUCUUCACGAUCAUUGGUAUGCUAGCCUAUUAUUGUGGCUAUUAUGUAUAUUGAGUGCCUUCCAAUCUAGGGAGCUCAUCUUCCAGCACUGUAUCAGGGUGUCCACAAGGUUUUCAUUGACUAAUUUUUGGAAGUAGAUUGUCCGGCCUUUCUUCCUAGUCUGUCUUAGUCUGGAAGCUCUACUGAAACCUGUCUACAAUGGGUGAUCCUGCCAGUAUUUGAAAUACCAGGGGCAUAGCUUCCAGCAUCAUAGCAACACAUAAGCCACCAGAGUACAACAAGCUGACAGACUUUUAUUUAUCUCUUAACAUCUGUUAGGUUAGAAAACUCUACCUUAAGCCCACCAUAAGAAUCCCUGGGUGGUGCAAAUGGUUAAGCACUAGACUACUAGCUGAAAGAUUAGCAGAGGCACCUCAGAAGACCAGCCUGGAGAUCUGCUUCCGAAAGGUCACAGUCUUGAAAGCCCUAUGGAGCACAGUUCUCUGCACACCUGCGUUUGCCAUGAGUCAGAAUUGACUCUGCAGCAACAAACAACAACAACAAGCCCACCAUUUUAUUCUUCGUGGAGAUGGGAACAUGCAGGUAACCAUCCUCUGCAAUCGUGUUCCACAAAGUACUUUUCUAGGACAAGGAGUCUCCAUUCUUAAAACAUACUUUUUAAUUUUUUUCUAUGACACUGUUUGACUACUUUCAUUGUUCUGCUCUGAAUAUCUUCAAGAAAGGUUCAAGGAUCUGGGCUCUUUGUUCCCUGAGUGGGCAAGGGAGAGGCUUGGAAAAGGGAAAAAUGGUGGGGAAUACACGGGACCUGCCAGGGUCAGACUUGGUCUGUGGAGCUCUAGAACCAGUUCUAAACAGCACAGUUGUAGAGGGGUAGUUUUUUGUUUUGUUUUUCCAUUGAAUUGCUGCUCUUGGAGCUGGCCUAAUCUGAGAGUUGCUGUCUUGUGGGGCAAUAAACCUCCCACCUGCUCUUAUAGAAAAAUCCUUGACCUGCUGGGUGGGUAACAAGCAGCCAAAAAAGUAUUGAAACUGUAUUUGUAGGCAUCAGUGUUAAAUAGGUCUGUCACUUGAUUUCAAACAGCAUACCUCGGUGUCCCUUGUUUUCUGAAGAGUGAAAAACAAGUCCCUGAGUGAUAGAUCAGACUUAUAUAUGGCAGGACUGACCUGACCCACCAACAACCCUAAGCAGCCUUAAGGCAAGUUGGUGGUGAUGAUGAUCUGUCAGCUCUAAGUUAUAGCUCUGAAUGAGUUACAGCAUUAAAGCCAGAAGGGAAUUUGCAUUUUUAAUGGGGUCCAUAUUAGCUGUCUGGAACUCUUCUCCUAGUGACAAAUGUCAGACCUGCAUCAGACUUGCAAUAGCAAGGGGAAAAAAAAACUCAUAUCUUAAAUACCAAUCAAGUUUUGGAUAAAACAAGACAGCAGGAUUAUAUAGACUUUACAUGGGGCUAUUCUUUUUAGCUCAGCUUGACAUUCCGCCAUAUUGGAGUGUAUCUUCAACUUCCUACUACAGAGAGAAAGCCAGAAAUGAAGCUAGGAAAGGGAAUUCCCAUUUGUUGCUUACUAGGUACCAAACAUAGCAUCAAGGUCAUUUCACAUGCUAUCCCAUUUAAUCUUCAAAACAGCCCUAUGAUAUGGGCAUUUCACAGAUAAGGGAACUGGUACAUAGAAAGGUGAAAUAAUUUGUCCGAGGUCAAACAGAUGGCAAGCAGUAGAGCUAGAACUUGACAUGGAUCUGUCUUACAUCAACAAUUAUGUUUUUUCCAGUGUAUUUUAGUGCUCUAAUAUUCUUAUCUAAUUAUUUCCAACUCUACUACCAUGUCGGGUGAUGCGUGGCAUUAACAAAUUGAUCUAUCUGGUCAGCUUCUACAGAGCCUUGUAGUCAUGUUCCUCCAAAGAACUUCCAUUACUUGGUCAUAUUUAAACUCAACAGCCUUCAUGGACAGCUGGAUCCCAAAACCUCACCCUUGCAAUCAAGUUGGUAGCCAUCCCUUAAUCCUGAAUGUCUUCAAGUUCUAUCUGAAUGGCACUCAUUUCCAAGGACCUACCUAAUAUCCAUUCUUUUCAUCUCUAUGAGUGGGAGAGCAACAGACAGCCUUCUCAGACUUAAAUGCCAUGGUCAACAGCGACUGGCCUACCGGGAAGGACGGCUGGGUUUGUUGAAAGGUGCCUCAGACAAGGAGGCUCUGCAUGUGAUCCUCAUUAGUGAUAGGCGUGGGCUGGGCCAUCUGUGUUCUGCAGGAGAACAGAAUGGCAGGCUGCCUUUCAGAUGCCAAGAGAUGCUAUCUAAUGGGCAGAUCCAGAAAGCUCAAAACACAGAGAGGCGUCUUUCCUCAUGGGCAUCUCUGUAGGAAACCAGGGAUACAGGAAACCAAGAGGUUUUGGAAAUUAACUGCUGAACUUGCUGGGCAUUCAACCCUUGCUACUAUUUCAUCCUUCGUGACCAUGGUGCAGGACAGUAAGCAGAGUCCGUCAGCCUUGUCUGCUAACUCCCUCAGAUGGAGCCCAUGAUGGACUCAUAUUGUCCUGAAGUCUGUGUAUACGAUAGCAGGUACGUUCUAGCAAUGCACCAGCGUUUGAAAGUAAGCCUUUCAUCUACUAAAAGUCAGGGCACAUUGCAGGUAGGAGAGACCAUUUACUUGGAUGCUCAAUGCAGAUUCUAGAGAUAUGAUCAGAAAAUAGGGAAGAAUGCUGUAAAUGGGUCAAAUUAGGAAAACGCUAUUUGAAAGCAGAGAGGAUAACACCUAACCCAGUACCAAGCUUGUAGUGGACCAAUGAGUAUUUGCUAAAUGAAUAAAUGAAUGAAUCGCUAAA